CAUCUCGACGGGGGGGCGCUCGUGAGCCAGUAGGCUGCUGCGUGGCUAACCAUCCCACCAUAGAAGAAAAGCUGCAGUGUAAACACAAGGAUAUGGCCGACGACAGGGGUGGAGACGAAGGCAACAUAAACGAUAACAUGGGCAACCAGCUACAGCUCUUUCCAGGGAACGAGGAGGAGGAAGAAGAGGAGGAAGAUGACAUGGAGACUGAAGAUCGAGACAGCGAGGAGGCAACGAAACCAAGCAUUAUCACGUUCGACCCCAGUCUACCCACUUCACACGCUUACCUUGGCUCGGACAUGGAGGAGUUUCACGGCCGCACCGUCCACGACGAUGACAGUUGUCAGACCAUCCCCGUGCUGCCACACACUGCUGUGAUGCUGCUGCCCGGACAGACGCUCCCCCUGCAGCUCUUCAGGCCGCAGGAGGUCAGCAUGAUGAGGAGUGUAAUACAGAGGGAUCGAACCUUUGCUGUGCUCGCACACAGUGAUGGAGGCGAGCUAGAGGCAGAGUUUGGAACUACAGCAGAAAUCUACGCAUACCGGGAGGAGCAAGAGUACGGCAUUGAGACCGUCAAAGUGAAAGCUGUGGGCAGGCAGAGAUUCAAAGUCCAUGAAAUAAGAACUCAAGCAGAUGGGAUUCGACAAGCCAAAGUCCAGAUCCUUCCAGAACGAAUCCUUCCUGAUCCUGUAUCUGCUGUUCAGCUAACUCCCCUCUCCAGGCUCGUUGUGCAUCCUUCCUCUAAGCCCCCAACUCAGAGCUGCAAGCAAGCAGAAUGCUGGUGGAAUAGCUACCAACAGAGAAAGUUUUACUGUGCCAGUCUGACGCCUUGGCCGCCGUGGGUCUAUGCCCUCUACGACUCCGAGUCACUCAUGAACCGAGUGAAGAAGCAACUCCACGAGUGGGACGAGAAUUUGAAAGAUGACUCUCUUCCCACAAAUGCCAUAGAUUUCUCCUACAGAGUGGCCGCCUGUCUGCCCAUUGAUGACUCGCUCAGGCUCCAGCUGCUGAAGAUUGGCAGCGCCAUUCAGAGGCUUCGCUGUGAGCUGGACAUCAUGGAUCGGUGCACAUCGCUGUGCUGUAAGCAGUGCCAAGACACGGAAAUCACCACCAAAAAAGAGAUCUUCAGCUUGUCUCUGUACGGUCCCAUGGCUGCCUAUGUCAACCCACACGGUUACGUCCACGAGACUCUGACUGUCUACAAGGCUAACAACCUCAACCUGGUCGGCAGGCCGUCCACGCUCCAUAGCUGGUUUCCAGGGUACGCUUGGACAGUCGCCCAGUGCCGAACCUGCGGCUCUCACAUGGGUUGGAAGUUCACGGCCACCAAGAAGGACUUGUCUCCGCCUCGUUUCUGGGGUCUGUCUCGCUUGGCCAUACUCCCCCGCAUCCCCACCAGCGAGGGCGACGACGGGCAGGACGGCUCUCGCCUCUUCUGCCUGUGACGCCCGACCUGUUUCCCCUCGUCGCGUAAAAACUGAGUCUUCUGGUUGUGUUGAAUCCAAGUAAGAACUACAUCACGCGCUGUCACCCUUGGCAGUAAAUCUUUCAAAUUAGCGGAAAGUUCAUCCAACCUUUAUAUGGCACUUGAGUAGCAUACGCUAUCGGAGUUAGGUUAAUUGUUCUUUAAGCUUCUUUAUGUGUGUGUAGAUAUAUGCAUUCGUGAAGACUAAAGAGACGUGCUUCCAUUCGUACUCCUUUGAGCGACUCCAACUGUUUGAAGGCACACUGACUGCAACGCAAAAUGCGAGUGUCACGCUUCGGCACUCCAGCGCUCGUCCUCCACAUCGGCGGAGGGUUUUGAAGACGCUUGAGCACCCUGUCGGCUUCAGUUCAGCCACUUGAAUUUGUUGUACCGCGCAAACAGAAUCAGAAAUCUCAUUGAGAGAGUUUUUUUCUUUUUCUUUUUCGGCUUUAUAAACGCCCGUCAUUUUUGAUGUUUGAUUGAAUAUGCCCAAGCUGUCUUUAUGGGUAUGUUCAAAACUUGGAAGUAAAACAGUUGUAUUUUUGUAUGGAGAUAAGCUGGUGAUGACUAUAAUGGACUACUUUGCGUGAGGACCUUUUUUUGCGAAUGGAGGGUACUUUAUGCUCCAAUGGCAGUGACGACCCUUUUAAAGGUCACAACUAAUUUCGACUAAGUGGAAGAGGAGCAUUUAACCAUCAUUUCGAAUGUUCCAGCUGUUAAAUCGUUUUCUGAACAUCGAGCAAGAAAUGUACAGUACAUUAACAAAUGGCAAAAUGGUGUCAUUUCCAAGUCUGUGAUAUAAUCGGGUUCUUUUGAGGUUGUAAAGCUGCUGUUUUCGGCCACCAUAAAUGUGCUGCAAAAUGCUAGUUCUUGGUAAUAAAUGAUCUUAAUUCAAAUUGCACUGAAUGCAAUAUGUGAUAUUGUUUAGAAUGUGAAUAUUUUGUUGCCAAACAGACUGCUUUUGGAUCUUUGUUUGAAAAAAAAAAAAAAAAAAUUACCACAGAAUGUGUAAAAUUGCGUGUCCCAACCCCCUUUUUGUGAUUUGUAUUGUUGAACCUUUGUGAGGGUCUAACAAAAGUGAUUUCCCGUUGAGUGCCCUCAAUUCUGUCAGUAAUGAACCAAAUCAUCAUGUCACAUUGAGCAAUAAUUGAACUCCUUAUUCUUUGCCUUUUCAUUUAGUUUAUUUCCAGCUCUCCUCGCAGAUGAACUUGAUAUUGUGUGAUCUGUAGAAUAUCUGUGGCAUUAACCUCCCUGAAGCAAAUAGCCCAAACUGAAGCGUCUUUCAUAUUGCGAAAAGUCAUCACGUCGCACUGUGCCACGGUUAUCACUACAAAAUUGAGUAUGGCGUUCAGUGACUAUCAUCAGAAACAAAAUGUGUGAAGAGUGACCCACAGGUGUGUGAACAUCUCCAUUCCUAAAAUGGAAAGAAUCAAAUCUUGGGAAUAUUUUAGUUACUGCAUUUGCACCCUUUGUACAGUACGGGGCUCGUGCACGUUACGUCACCAUUCUCACGGCGCCAUAUUGCCAGUCAAAAAGAGCUGCUCGACAGUGUGGUGCACAUUGGACCGGAGGAGAAUAUUCACAAUGCCUGAGACUUGUUGUGCUGCUGGUUGUUACAACAGACAAGACAGAUAUUCAAAGAGGUCAUUCUAUGGAAUACCAGCUGAAAAGACAAGAAAAAAUGAUGGAUUUUGGCAACCAAACGUGAGGGAUAAUGCCCAACCAAAUACACAUGACUGUGUAGCUUCAUUUCACUUCAUUUCAGGUAGGAAUUAUUCUUCUCAAUCUCAAACUCCCAAGAAGUAUUUAUAAUCCCAAAUUGGCUCAUUUGAGAACAAUGUGUUUAAAAGUUUUUUUU